AUGAGAUAUGAAGCAAGAUAUAUGCCCCAUCAGUUUUACCAAAGGCAGAAGUUUCUGAGAAGAGGUAGAGGUGGCAAUGAAUGGUUUGAACCAGGAAGGAACUUCCAAGAGUACAGGAAUUUAGAGGAAGAAGCUACCCUGCAUUCAGCAUUGAACAAAGGCGUGUGUUCUACCUGGGGUGGAGGGCACUUCUCAACCUUCGAUAAUUUUCUGUAUGACUUCUUUGGCUCCUGCAACUACAUUCUUGUUACCAUAUGUGGCGAUGUCGCCCCAGACUUCAACAUUCAAUUCCGCCGUGGCCUUAACAAAAAAAUUGCAAGGAUCAUAAUAGAGCUUGGACCUACCACCAUCACCAUUGAAAAUGGCAACAUUUUGGUCAAAGACACUGGUAUUAUCAAGUUGCCAUAUACCAGCAAUGGUAUCCAGAUUUCACCUUUUGGACACAACAUCCGCAUGGUGGCCAAGCUGCUGGAGAUGGAGCUGGUAGUCAUGUGGAACAAUGACGACUAUCUCAUGGUCUUGGUUGAGAGAAAAUAUAUGGGGAAGACUUGUGGAAUGUGUGGGAAUUUCGAUGGGCAAGAACUAAACGAGUUUAUGAAUGAAGGUAAGCUACUGGAUGCAUACAUGUUUGCUGCCUUACAAAAAAUGGAUGACCCAUCAGAGAACUGCCUAACUCACGAAACACCAAUUUCCAAUGUUCCUCACAAAAAAUAUGCCAGAAUCUGCUCCCAGCUACUCAACCUUGUGUCUCGGACCUGCAAUGUGACAAAGAAAGGGUUUGUCAUUCGCUGUCAGCUUGAUAUGCAAGACUGCAAUGAUCCAGGGCAAAGAAACUGUACUUGUUCUACAUUGUCUGAGUACUCCAGGCAAUGUGCCAUGUCUCACCAGGUGGUGUCCAAUUGGAGGAGUGAAGACUUCUGCUCUAUAGGAAAAUGCUCUGCUAACCAAAUCUACAAGGAAUAUGGGUCUCCCUGUGUUAAAACCUGUUCCAAUCCAGAGUACAGCUGUUCUAGUUCCUGCACAUAUGGCUGUUUUUGCCCAGAAGGCACUGUUCUGGAUGACAUAUCAAGAAAUCGAACAUGUGUUCCUAUUAGCAACUGCCCAUGCAUGUUGAAUGGGAAGAAAUAUACUCCUGGGGAUAUAAUGAAAGCAGCAUGCAGGACCUGUACAUGCAUAAUGGGUCAGUGGAACUGCCAAGACUUACCCUGCCCAGGUAGAUGUUCUCUAGAAGGAGGUUCUUUUGUCACCACAUUUGAUUCCAGAUCAUAUAGGUUCCAUGGAGUUUGCACCUACAUCCUCAUGAAGAGUCCCAGCCUUCCCCACAAUGGAACCCUGAUGGCUAUGUAUGAUAAGUCUGGUUUUUCUAAUUCUGAAACAUCACUGAGUGCUAUCAUUUACAUAUCUACAAGGGACAAAAUUGUAAUUUCUCAAAAUGAAGUCUUUAGUGACAACACUGAAUUCAAGUGGUUGCCUUAUAAAUCAGGUGACAUCACCAUUUUCAGACAGUCCUCUACCCAUAUUCAAAUGUACACAAAUUUUGGGCUGGAGAUAACAAUUCAGACAUCACCGGUGUUUCAGGUCUACGUGAAAGUAGGACCUUCUUUCAAAGGCAGAACCGUGGGUUUGUGUGGCAGAUACAAUGGAGAGACAACGGAUGACUUCAUGACCAGCAUGGAUAUUACUGAAGGAACAGCAUCCCUGUUUGUGGACUCCUGGAGAGCAGGAAACUGUCACCCAGCUUCAGAGAGGGAUACUGACCCUUGUUCUAUGAGUCAACUGAACAAAAUAUCUGCAGAAAGCCAUUGCUCCGUUCUUACUAAGAAAGGCACAGUGUUUGAGAAAUGCCAUUCUGUAGUGAAUCCUGCUCCUUUUUACAAGAGAUGCAUUUACCAAGCCUGUAAUUAUGAGGAGACCUUUCCUUACAUUUGUUCUGCUCUGGGAUCUUAUGCAAGAGCAUGUGCUUCUAUGGGACUGAUCCUUCAGAACUGGAGAAACAUUAUGGACAACUGCACUAUUCCAUGUACUGGAAAUCAGACAUUCAGCUACAACACAGAAGCCUGUGAUCGGACAUGUUUGUCACUCUCCUUUCGAGACCUGGAAUGUCAUCCCACUGACAUCCCUAUUGAUGGCUGCAACUGUCCUAAAGGAACCUACCUGAACCACAGAAGUGAAUGUGUUCGUAAAUCUCAUUGCCCCUGCUACCUGGAAGACAGGAAGUUUAUCCUGCCUGAGCAGUCAACAGUAAUUGGUGGGAUUACAUGCUAUUGCGUUAAUGGGAAGCUCAGUUGCACUGGCAAACCUCAAGAUCCUACAGAAAACUGCAUAAGUCCUAAAAAGUAUGUGUCAUGUUCAGAGAAUUCAGAAAAUAAAUAUGGAGCCACCUGUGCCCCUUCCUGUCAGAUGCUGGCAACGGGAGUUGAUUGUGUCCCCACAAGGUGUGAAUCAGGUUGUGUCUGCACUGAUGGGCUAUAUGAAAAUGCUUAUGGUUUGUGUGUGCCACCAGAGGAGUGUCCCUGUGAAUAUGGUGGUAUAUCAUAUGGAAAAGGAGAAGAGAUCCAUACAGAAUGCACGAGCUGCACAUGUACAAGAGGCAAAUGGAAAUGUGUUCAGAAAUCAAAGUGUUCUUCAACAUGUACCCUUUAUGGAGAAGGUCAUAUCACCACUUUUGAUGGACAACGCUUUGUAUUUGAUGGCAACUGUGAAUACAUACUAGUUAUGGAUGGUUGCGGUACAGGCAACUCCACCUUUAAAAUUGUUACUGAGAAUGUCAUUUGCGGGAAAUCAGGGGUCACCUGCUCCAGGUCCAUCAAGAUCUACCUUGGGAACUUGACUAUCACACUGGCGGAUGCAACUUUCUCAGUCUCUGAAGAGAAUCCUCUUAUAAAAUACCGUGUGAAAAAGAAUGUCCUUCACCUGAUUUUUGAUAUCAUUAUCCCAGGAAAAUACAACAUGACCCUUAUAUGGAAUAAGCACAUGAACCUGUUCAUCAAAAUCUUUAGAGAAACACAGGAACAUCUCUGUGGCUUGUGUGGGAAUUACAAUGGAAACAUGAGAGAUGACUUUGAAACCCGAACCAAAUAUGUCGCAUCCAGCGAAUUGGAGUUUGUGAAUUCUUGGAAAGAGAAUCCUUUGUGCGGGGAUGUGUUCUUCGUAGUGGACCCCUGUAGCCAGAACCCUUAUCGUAAAGCAUGGGCAGAAAAGAUGUGCUCCAUCAUCAACAGCCAUGUCUUUUCUUCCUGCCACAGUAAAGUAUACCGAAUUCCUUAUUACGAUGCCUGUGUCCGAGAUUCCUGCGGGUGUGAUACUGGAGGGGAUUGUGAAUGCAUGUGUGAUGCUAUUGCUGCGUAUGCCAAGGCGUGCUUAGAUGUAGGGGUCUGUGUUGACUGGAGAGCCCCAGAUUUUUGUCCUGUUUAUUGUGACUUUUACAACACUCACAAAACAAUAAGCAAUGAGAACACUUAUUACUAUACGUACAUGGAUGAAGGCAACUGCACCUGGCACUACCGGCCUUGUAACUGCCCAAACCAAGAUUACAAGUAUGUCAAUGUUGAAGGGUGCUACAACUGCUCAAAUAAUGAAUACUUUGAUGAAGAGCUGGGAACAUGCAUGCCUUGCAGUAUGUAG